UUUACUGUUGAUUUAAGGAAAAAUGCCAAAUGAGGAACUAUGAGGUGUUUGUUUCUCAGUCUUCAGAGAGUGCAGUUUUAUUUUAGUCCAGACGUCUCUUUAAGUUUACGGCUCUUUGUGCACGUUUACGGUUGUCUUUAGUGAUUUGACGGUGGAGUGGAGAUACCCUGCCGUUUGGGGGCGCUCCUGCUCACCUAAUUAACAGACAUGCUUUCCGUGUUGGUGUCACAUGAAUGCUACAGCCCUGCCCGUCGCUUUAGUUUCACUCACUUCCGACAAGCGUAGGCAGGCAACCCACGGUUGUUACUUAGAGAAGCUGCUGACAGGCAGUGCAACAGAAAAACGUCAGGGACCUCUGAAAGAUUUUGAGGCUCACUGAGAGAAGUCUACAGGCUGCCAUGUGCUGAGAUCGAACCUAACCGAGCCACGCCGGUGCUAUGGAGAAGGCGGUCAUGGAAGGGGUGUCCCAUACGCAGGUGGUUCGCUUUGGGAAGAAAUUCUGGAAAAAAGCCUGGCUCAUCCUCUACCCUGGAAGUUCCUAUGGCAUUGGGCGAAUAGAGUUUUUUGAAGUUCGGGACAAGGUAGAAAAGUUGGACAGCCAGGUUUCACCAUCCACGAAGCAGACCAGGAAAGGAGAGAAGAAACUGAUUCGCCUGGUGGACUGUGUUAGCAUCAGUGGUGCACCAUGUGAGGUCUGUCCCAAAGACACCACUGCAUUCUACGUCAACACUACCCAACGCACCUAUGUAUUUGCCAGCUCAUCAGCACAGGAAUGGAUAGACACUCUAUGCCAGCUGGCAUUCCAGGGAAAUGAGCAAAAAAUGUUGGAUAAAUCCAAUGAGGAAAUGAAGAUGGAAGAAAAUGCCCUUUAUUUGCCAUGGAAGCAGACUCAUGAAUUUCUGGUAACCAUCGUGAAGACUGAUGCUGCAGAACGAUGCCAGCUUGCUGGAGAUUACAUUCUGUUGAGUAACCAAGUGGCCAUAGUCCUGGUGGAGCCUCAGUCCAAACAGGCCUUGUACACGUGGCCCUAUCACCUGCUGCGGAGAUACGGCCAAGACAAGGCCAACUUUUCCUUUGAAGCAGGACGACGUUGUGAGUCUGGGGAAGGGCACUUUGUAUUUUUUUCCAGCGAGGUGCAAACCAUUUUCAGAUGUGUUGAAUAUGCCAUUGCACAGCAAGAGAAACAGCGUAGGAGUCUAACUGAAGUAACCCUGGACAAUGAUUUCAAUUGCGUUUUUGAGGAGUCACAGGCUACUGCUAGUGUCACUCAAAUGAAGGACUGCAACACGAGAGCCAUGUCAUACUCUAGCAUUGAGGAGAGCAUAGUCAGUAGUGACAAAGAAACAGCUGCACAUACACCACCGAUGACUAUGUCCAAGACAUAUCCUGUGCCUCUACCACCAGACAAAUCUCAAAAAAACGUAUCUGCACAGAGGAGUAGCUUAGACAGGGGAUCUGAAAGCAGUUUGUAUACAACCGUAAAUGAGCCUGUGGCAAGCCCUCGAAGGAAGGAGAGCGUUGCAGCAAGGGAGCCAGAUACUGUUAUCAGCGUCUAUCAGAAUGUCAACGAGUCCCUGAAUCAAAACAGCCAUCCAAGAUCUCCUGUUGUCACCAGCAGAAAAAAAACAAAGGAAUUGUCUUUGUAUGACUAUGAAGAUUUUGAGAAAGCCAAUGGAACUCAAAGCUCUAAGAAAGAAAUGUGUUACUCAACCAUAAAGGCGGUAAAUAAGAGAGGUGAUGAAGACGUCCCAGAGGACAGCGAUUAUUCAGAUAAUGCUCCUCGUUCUACUAUUAUUACUAAGACUGUCAUCCCCAGUGACUUUAAGCAAAGACUUUCCAACCUUAUCUCUAAAGAAGCACCCAAGGGUUUUGUUUCUGUGGCACCCAGGGACCAGAGCUGCUUAGAAUGAUUAAACAGCAAUUGAGAGUCUCGAUUUUACUGUAACAGUCGGUUCUGGUCUUCAAGCAUCGAAAAGGGUUACGGUAACAGAAGCAAAGUGAUGACAUGAAACACUGACACAGCAAAAAGCGGAAUAGAGGUGCGGCCAGCCUCCCAUAAGAAAGUGGGUUAGCCAAACUUAGGUCUCCACUUUGUGUGGUCUAGGCCUUCUUCUCUUUAUACAGAAAUCUCACAACUUCUUCAAUAAUACCAGUUAAAUAUACAGACUUAGUGUAUUUAUUCUCAUCAUUUAAACAAUCGAGGAAUUGUAAUAUUUAUGCGAUAUACUUAAACAGCAAACAAUUUAUAAUAAAAAAAGGCACCCUGAGUAUCACCAUAUAAAAUGUGAAACACUUUGACACUGCUUCACAACAAAAACAGACAGAUAGAUGGAUCAGAUAAAUUUGUGAGGGAAUAUAAUGGAGACAAUUACUGCUCUGCUGCAGUGUACCCCACUAAAGAUUUCUUCCUGGGGGCUGGGAGCCAUGUUAAAUACACUUUCUCCUUGUUGUGGCUCAGGUAAGUAACUCAAUGCAGGACAGCAUUCACAACAGAAAUUAACAACAGUCCAAAUCCAAUUGAAAACUACUUUAUUUCAAACCUGAGCUUCAAUAUCAAAGAACACUCUGAGGCAAUCAAAGUAACAUUGGAUAAAUGUAUUACCUUGCAUGGCUAUAUUCCAUACCAAGGGUAUACAACCCUUUAAUUGACAAAAUAAACAUUUCUUUUUAAAUACAGACAGCACUACCAACACUCCCAAUGAAUCCUACUCAUCUUUCCCGUUUCCUUUGGUUGCCUAGUUGCCCUGCAUUCUUCCUGGUUCUAGAUCAGUGCUAAUUCUACUGGAGCACUUCCUGUUACAUAUGCUUGAAAAAUCAUCUUUGUACAGUUGUGCUGUUGGUGUCGGACAUAUUGUGUCCCAAACUUCAAAUGUUUCUGCAGUCUUCCUGCCUUGGAGAAAAGAGCAGCUUGUGUUUUCUUGGUUCUAUCAUGAAUGCUUUUUGGGUGGCAUUGCUUAACAUCCAAGAUUUUAGUACCAUGUGCAAAAGCUUUCAGACGUCUAGCCUCUGUAUCAUUCUAGUCUCUGACUUCUACUGAUAUCUCAAGGGGUUGGCUGCUAUUGGUUGCCAUCUGACUAAGCUACUAGACGAUUUGUCUAAACAUAACAGCUGCACAUUGUCAUUAGCUUCAGGGCACUAUCAACAUUUGUUAGUCUGAAUGUCAGCAAUGUCGCCUGAAUAUGGUGGCCAGAUUGUAGGAAUGGGCAGUGGAACUCUGAGACAAGAAGAUCAGCGUUGGCUGGAGAGAGCCCAGUGAUGUCCAAGUAAAUGUUAUCCCAGAAAGAAUGGCUUAUGUUAAGUCUAAAGAGAUAGGUGGGAGCCACAAGAGUUGACCAGUUGCAUGUGUCUUUGUCUUAUUUUAUAUUGUAAAUUCUACCGCUUAAUAAAAAUUAAUUGGUUGCAUU